UUUGUGGGUGUGACGUCACCCACCCGCCCUUUGCCCCAGUCAGAUCCACUCUCUGUCCUCGCUGUCUACACCGGGAGACAACCUGCCUAGAAGAUGUCUCGGGCUGCGGAAAGACUCAGACUGCUGAUCAAUCAUCUCGAUCGACCACCUGCCGCGAUCACACCUGCGCCGACCUCAGCUCAAGCCUCCAUCUACGGUCCUCCUCAGAGACUGAGGUACACCGACGACACAGACCUGCUGACCCCAGACCAGCGACUCUUCUAUGAGAAAAAUGGUUUCAUCCUCAUCAAGAAUCUGGUUUCUGAUGAGGACAUCGACAGGUUCAGGAAGGAGUUUGAACGGGUCUGUCGACGGGAAGUCAAGAUUCCAGGAAUGGUGGUGAUGAGGGACGUGGCGAUCGCCAAGUCCGAGUUUGUUCCGGAUCAAAAAGCGGUCUCCAAACUCCAGGAUUUCCAAGAAGAUCCUGAACUGUUUCGGUAUUGCUCCUUACCCGAGAUACUGAAGUAUGUCGAGUGCUUCACCGGCCCCAACAUUAUGGCCAUGCACACAAUGCUGAUCAACAAACCUCCCGAUGCAGGUAAGAAGACGUCUCGUCACCCGAUGCAUCAGGAUCUGCACUACUUCCCCUUCCGCCCGGCCGACAGGAUCGUCUGCUCUUGGACUGCGAUGGAGAGGGUGGACAGGAAGAACGGCUGCCUGGUCGUCCUGCCGGAAACGCACACCAGCACGCUGCGGGAGCACGACUACCCGCAGUGGGAGGGUGGCGUGAACAAGAUGUACCACGGAGUGCGCGACUACGACCCGGCCCUCCCCAGGGUCCACCUGGAGAUGGAGAAGGGCGACACCGUCUUCUUCCACCCGCUGCUGAUUCACGGCUCUGGAAUGAACCAGACGAAGGGCUUCCGCAAGGCCAUCUCCUGCCACUACGCCAGUGCUGACUGCUAUUACAUCGACGUGAAAGGAACCAUGCAGGAAAACAUAGAGAAGGAAGUGAAGGAAAUCGCAAGCAGGAAGUACAACUUGGACGAUGAAAUUACCUUCAAGGACACCUGGGCUUUCAAAGGCCGCCUGGUGCAAGGAGAGAGGACCUCGCUGUGAAAGCUCCGCACAAAUAAAGCACCACGUCGUGGCAGCGUGACCGACCACAGUCCAACACUGUGAUGCAAUCAGGGCACGUCGGCACCUGCACGUUUCCUCCUCCCGUAAUGAGGAAAAACAAAGAUAUCUAAUCUUGGAAUUCCUAAUUCACUUUAAAUCACUUACUGUUUAUUUAAUUGUGACCUCGGAGUUUGUGUUUGACGUAACAUUUUGGGAAUGUAAUCUGUGUAAUUCUAAAGGACGGCAUAAAAGCGCGACAUUCUUUUUCAGUAGAAAAUGUCAUGUUACAUGAGAGUGAAUCACUACAAAGUCCUGCAGAAGGAGGCGUUGCUGCUGUAGGCUGUGCAGCGUUUCCCAGCACAACAUGCCGUUUAAUUCACCAGAACCUCCACGGAAAGAAAAGUCCACAAUGAUUUGUGGCAUGUUGAUUAAGGAAAGUAAGCACAUUGUGAGCGACAGAGAGCUUGAGAGACAAAUAAAGCAGAGUGACGAAGAGAAAGAAUUAUGAAGUCUGUAUUGAGGCAUAAAUGUAUAAAUGAUGAUUGUAGCUCCUGUUAAUCGACACAAUCCGAGGCCUUGACCCAACUACUGCCUGAUAAACAUAUCAAUGCGUUAAUGUCUGGAUGUCCUUUUGAUGGUGAGCGUUUGUCCUACAAUCUUGCUGUUGCGAAUCUAAUUUUUAAUAACACUAAUAAAAAAUAUAAAAUCUAUUUUAAUGAAA